AUGUUGUUGGAUGAUAUGGCUGAGAAGAAGGAAAUGUCUGAGGCGUUCACAUAUCACUAUGAAGUCAACGCUAGUAACCAGUUGGUUGCUCUCUUUUGGUGCGAUGGUUUGAUGAAAAUGAAUUACCAUAUGUUUGGUGAUAUUGUUGUGUUUGACUCUACAUAUAACACAAAUAGGCAAUUCUGGAUACCGACGUACUUCAGAGAUUUUCCACUUGGUUCGAUGAUUAGGACUACGUCCAUAUCUGAAUCGGAGAACAGCUUCUACAAAAAAAUUUUGAAGCCCCGAGCUAACAUUGCCGAAUUCUACUUGAAUCUCAACAAUGCCGUUGAAUUCCAGCGGAACUCUAGAACAAAGUUGGACUACCACGAUGCAAUUGUCCUGCCUAUAUUGGUCACUACCUUGCCAUUCGAGAAACAUGUUUCGACGCUGUACACCGAUAGUAUGUUCAAGAAAAUACAAAAAGAAAUUAUUGAGGGUAAUGACAGAUGCCGCGUGCUUGGUUUUUCAUCUACAGAUAUGGUUGACACCUACAAGCUUGGGGACAACAAUCACAAUUCGCAUUUUGUGAGACACGAUAAGACUGAUGACUCAUACUCGAACAAUGAAGUGAAAAAAAUUACUGAUAGAUACUGCCAAAGCAUAUGGAUGAAGACUCCGUUACCCAAUGCUAUACAUGGACAGUUUGAUUACGUCCUACCUACCACGUCCAUCGUUGACGAUAGGCAAACUGUUUCAAAUCAAGGGAUUUCGAUGUUCUAUGGUUUUCUUCGACGAUUUGUGACGGACAUUGAUGUGCUUCGUGCAUUUGUAGAUGGUGUGAAAGAACUUGGUAAUUCUCUUCAAACUGGAACUCCUACAACGUCCGCCUCGGAAAAGAGACGAUUGAUUGAAGAGUUUUAUGUGAUGGUAAGGCCUGAGGUAGUUGAGGUCCAUCCUCUGGAUAUUGUCAAGACCAAGGGCCAUGCUAUCAGCUCCGCGAGCCGUCUGAUUUACAAGAGAGAAAAGGUUAUUAAAGAGACUACUAGACCUCUUAGACGGUGUAAGGCGUGCGAUGAGAUGGGCCAUCACGACUCUAGAAAUUGUCCAAUGCUUAAAGAGAUGGCAGCGGAGAAAGAGCUGCGUAAGGGCAAGAGGAAAUAUUGA